AUGUUGCGGAAUUCAAGCGGCUGGAUUUUGAAGGUGGUUCUGGGGAAAGCAUUAUCCCUGGACGCAUACCCGGACACCGUGACUGGCUCCAGUGUGGACAGCUUUGCCGGUAGCGAAGAUUUUGACGAAUCUUUCAGCGCCACGGUUAUCCCGCCAAGUUAUCCCGAUGAUGACGACCCUUCCGCUGCCACAACAAACACUUCAGUUGGUGGACGAAUCAUCAAUGGAAAAGCUGCGCCGGUCAACGAGUUCCGCUUUAUUGUUAGCAUCCGUCGUGACGACAGCCAUAUCUGUGGUGGAUCGCUCAUGCCGGAUCUGAAAUCCGUCAUCACCGCCGCUCAUUGUGUGCAUGAGGAGAAAUCGGGCAGGCGCAUUCCAGUACGGGAGCUUAGUAUCGCGGUGGGCAUCCGGCGCCUCAUCAGCGUCCCAUUUUCCAACAUAAUCACGGUGCGCGAAGCCGUUGUUCAUCCCGACUACCAUCAUAAAAAGAUCCUCAACGACAUCGCCAUUCUGCGCUUGGCUGGAAGUGCCGCUGGGAAACGGAACGUGUCCAGCGUGAAGCUGCCGCCGGCACAUGCGGAGCCGGCUCCGGGUACCUCACUGCACACCGCCGGUUGGGGCCGGACGCAGGAAGGACAGGCUGGUGCGGCGUCGGUGCAGCUGCUAAAGACCACGCUGAAGGUCGUGGAUCGCGAGCGGUGUCGUCGUUCCCUGGGUGGAAGAGGACGGAGUCAUAUUCCGCCCAGCCAGAUCUGCACCGAGAACCAAGCGUCCGGCACGUGCAAUGGUGACAGCGGCGGUCCACUUGUUAAUCGGCGAAGUGGUGUGGAUUUUUUGGUCGGUUUGACGAGCUACGGCCUCAGAGGAUGCACCCUCAACACGUUGGACGUCUUCACCAAAGUCAGCCAUUUUACAGACUGGAUCCAGCGUGUCGCCAGCGGGGAAAACCCUGCCGGUACCCAACCUACACCCGCACCGGGGCGUCGAACCACUCCGGAUUACCCUCCAUGGGAUGCCGAUGAAGAUAACAAUCCUACUCCAGAAUCGUUGCUGCAGACGACGCGAGAAUACCCUCCCUGGGACAGUUCUGAAGAUAAUGAACCCACUGAAGCACCCUGGCGGGCAACCACGCGAGAAUAUCCUCCAUGGGAGGAUUCUGACGAUACUCCCACUCCAGCGUCCUGGCGACGGACAACCCGAGAAUAUCCGCUGCGGGAAACUGAUGACGACGGCCGUAAUAAUGGCGUCCUCCAACCAGGCGGUUGUGUUGGAGGGAUGUGUGGUGGGACCAAUGAGCUGCUGCGGAACUGCCGUACGGUGGCAGGGAAGCUGUUGUGUCAGACAGAGUACGGUGAAAUGCCGUGCCAGGUCUCCGGCAAUACACUCCGCUGUAGUUCAAGCUCUGAGACGCGGUCGUCUGAUCGUUGGGAUAGUCCUGGCAACAGCUGGUUAAGACCUGUCAUGGGCAGCUGGGGACCUUCAGGCACUAGCAGCAGCAGUAGUAGUGGACGGCGAUGCUACUCCGACGGGCAUUCGACACAGUGUACUAGCUGGUCAUCUUCCGGGUAACACCGCUUUAGAGGAAUCGUUGCUGCAGACGACGCGAGAAUACCCUCCCUGGGACAGUUCUGAAGAUAAUGAACCCACUGAAGCACCCUGGCGGGCAACCACGCGAGAAUAUCCUCCAUGGGAGGAUUCUGACGAUACUCCCACUCCAGCGUCCUGGCGACGGACAACCCGAGAAUAUCCGCUGCGGGAAACUGAUGACGACGGCCGUAAUAAUGGCGUCCUCCAACCAGGCGGUUGUGUUGGAGGGAUGUGUGGUGGGACCAAUGAGCUGCUGCGGAACUGCCGUACGGUGGCAGGGAAGCUGUUGUGUCAGACAGAGUACGGUGAAAUGCCGUGCCAGGUCUCCGGCAAUACACUCCGCUGUAGUUCAAGCUCUGAGACGCGGUCGUCUGAUCGUUGGGAUAGUCCUGGCAACAGCUGGUUAAGACCUGUCAUGGGCAGCUGGGGACCUUCAGGCACUAGCAGCAGCAGUAGUAGUGGACGGCGAUGCUACUCCGACGGGCAUUCGACACAGUGUACUAGCUGGUCAUCUUCCGGGUAACACCGCUUUAGAGGAUUGUUUGUAUUCCACUCACGUUAAUGCUGUUACGGUGAUUUAAGCUUUAAGCCGUUGAGUCGCUGACGAUACCACCCAACACUUACAAAGGUUACCUGGCAACUGUUACGACAGGAGGAAAUCAAUAAAUGUUAGAGAAUGCAGUGA